UCUAUGUAAGGGGACAUGCAUACCACACACUUUUAUAUUCAUGUGAAAUGUUUUGGUCGAGCUAUGUAUGGAACUGAUUUGCAGUUAUUUCAUUUUCUGAAGGAUUUGCGACAGAAGUUGAAGAGCUUACAAGACCUGUUAGGUGAUACUCAGCAGGAAGCAGUGUUGCAAGGAGAAGAUGAUGUGUUUCAAGGUGUUCAUGGCACAGCAGUUUCACCUGUCCUAGGCUGUUACUCCCUGGAAUUUGAAAUAGCAGAGUGUGAAGAACAGAUUCAGCCGGAAAAUAACGUAAUUCCAGAGAAGUCAAUAUGGGGAAAAGAUCUACCACCUGUACAAAAACUGGCUAAAAUGGCUAUGCCGCUGGACAACACUGUUGGAGGUGAAAAGUGUAACCCUAACCCUCGAGCCCUGUAUGAAGAUAGGACAUCUCUGAGAGAGCCUUCCUUCUCAUACAAAAAAAGCCUCCGUCAGCAGUUUGAGAGAGUGUACCAUUAUGCUCUUCCCAUUAGCCUUGUGGGCCUGUCACUACUGUGUAUCUACAGACUUCUCCUGCCUGCCUCCCAGGGGGAGUGUGGCGCAUCAACCUGCAGGCUUUCAAUGUGGCGCAACUUCUGGUAUUUGCUUGUGCCACAGUGGGGUCUGCGCCACAUGAUCCCUCCUCCUGUUUGACUGCCCACUAACACAACCCUGUUACUUCAUUGUGUUUUAUUGGCCUUGUUGUUUGUGCAGUACUGUC